AGUACUGUUAAUACUAUAGAAGAGAGAUAUUUAGAAAAUCAUUAUUCGUUUUUUAUGAUACGCGUUUUGUGAUAUACGCUACAUAGCUUCAAUAUUAUACCGAAUUUUAAUUUAUGCGUCAAUGAUAUAUACUAAUAUUUGGCGGAAGCCAAUAUUGCGUCCGUAAAAAAAUAAGACAUUAAAAGGUUCAGUUACAAUUUGAUUGCGAAAACAGACGAAAAAUCUGUGUGUAUUUUCUGGUCUUACAAAGUGAUACAACGUGUCCCGGAUCCUCCGAAAAACGAAUAAGUAAAUGCAACUCCAAUUACAACGAGAUAUGCAACCAGAAAGAAAGAGAUCAAACUCGAUCGUUUUAAAUGGAAUUACACGUCAGAGAUUGUGGGAAUUGUUGGGAACUGCUUGCGUCUUCCUGUUCGCACCUCUCAUCGUGAUCGCUCUAAUAUUUUUGUACAUCUAUCGUCGUUUGGUCGAGAUCGCGUUAAGAAUCAAGUUGCGGAGCAAGUUCGCCGGUCUCUUGGAGGGCGCGGAUUGCGUAUGGGCCGUUGAAGAAGCUGUUUCUCCAUCCGUUAUUAAUAUCUUGAUAAUACUGGAGAAUGCCGCGCAGGAAUCAAACGCGAUGUUCCUGGAGUCUUUCAGGAAUUUGAUAAAUGAACGGAUUAUUUUGAAGGCCCCUGGCACGAUGCUUGAGAAACUCUUGUACCUUCGAAGUCAGAAAUUUGGUUACUGUUUUUGGGAGAGAAGCGAGACGGUGGACCUGAAAGACAGAAUCAGAUGGCUGGAGUGUGUAAAUGCCAACUGCGACGGGUCCUGCGAGGAUAUAUGCAGCGAGUCCUUCAGAAAGACCUUGGAAAACGUGUGCAACAAACCGUUACCCGAUGAUGACCGGGCCACGUGGGAGAUUCUCGUCGGCAGACGCUGCCGGAGGUCCAGAUCUCACAAAAAGGAUUAUUUAUAUCCUGCAGAUUGCUUUAACACCGACACCCGGAAAAUUCCCGUGAUAUUUCGCAUUCAUCAUUCUCUGGGCGAUGGAGAGGCCCUUGUAGGCUUAUUACUUAAAAUGAUCGAAAAGGACGAGACGAAAGAGGAGAGUGUGAAAAUCAAGAGUAUCGAUUCGUCCGGCGAGAUUGAAAAACAUUUCAAAGAGAUGGUUUCGACAUUUUUCAAUAAUGAAAUGAUUGAGUCGUUAAAACAGCAAGCGAAAAUGUCGAUGGAUCGUACGUGGUAUGGAAGAAUUAAGAAGAUCACGCUGCUAACGAUGGCUUUACUUUCUUUUCCGAAAUACUUCAUUCAACUAGCUGUUCGUAGCAUGGAGGAAAACGCUCUGCAUGGUCCACCUUUAACGGGUAAAAAAAUAAUGUUUUACUGGCUAGAUAAUGUGACAAAUGAUAAAUCAUUGAAUCUUUUAAUGAAAAUUCGCAAGAUAAAAACACAUACAGGUGUUAAAUUUAAUGAUAUAGUAUUGGCAGCUUUUUCCGCUAGUGUACACAAAUAUCAUUUACGCAUCAAGAAAACAGCUCCCGAUGCAUUAACAGCUAUCUUGCCAACAAGAAUGGCAAUGCCUGGUACAAAUUUAACGUUAAAUAACGACUUUUCGUUUGCUUUCUUGCAAAUUUGUAUCGCUAAUGCAAAUGGACAAACAAUCGUCGAUCCAAAUCGAGAUUCUCAGUUUUUUAAGCGCCUUAAAGAUAUUACAAGAGCAAAUAACGAGUUCAGAAAGCGUUCAGACCUUUUGGUUAAUUAUUGGAUCAUGAAGUAUCUGUCCGCAUUAUUGCCGGUGAAAAUGUUAUUGAAGACUUUUUUUUUAUGGGAUGGCACGGUUGGAUUUAGCAAUAUGCGCGGACCGGAAAAAGUUCGUAUUUUGAAUAAUUCUGUGAGAAACUGUGUGUUCUGGGUACCAACUAAAAACUCUAUUGCUCUCGGCUUAUCUCUGUUAAGCUACGGAGGCAAUUUACAACUGUCUUUAAUAGCUGAUAAGUCAAUCGUAAAGGAUGAAGCACUUUUUACGGAGCUAUUAGAAAAUACUGUAUAUGAAAUAGAGGCAGCUUAUAAUGAUGUAAUGAUGCGCUUAUUAAAGUCAUCAGAUCUUCCGAUAGAAACAACAGCGGAGAAAAAUAACAUAUCGGCGUGUUUCGAAAAAAGGAAAUAUGAGUGACUAAAAUAUUUUAUCUCUUUUAAUCCUCAGCUGGAGCACUAUCUGUAUUUCCCGAUUCUGGAGCACUGAAUGUGCAACUCCCUCAACGUUUCAUUUGCAUAUUUCGUGUGUCAAACUACGUGUUUUGUAACAUGUAAACUACGUGCAAUGCAUUGCUAUUUUCUUGGAUGUUUGGUUAUUAUCUGAUUAAUAUUAAUAACAUAUGUUCUUACAUUUAUACAUAUAUUGUGAAUUGUGAUGUUUUGCAACAGAAAUUCAUCGCAGAGAACGUCAUAAAUUCUAAAAAAAAUAUUAAAAAUAAUUUGCAGAAAAUGAUGGAUUCUG